AUGGCGCCAAACAGCCAAACAUCCCUUAACGAAGGCAAGUAUGCCAUCCCAAUCACCACAAACGACCUAGAACACCAACAAACCCUAGAUCAAAACGAGUUCGACUACUCAAAACGCUCCCAGUGGCUUCGCGCCGCCGUCCUAGGCGCCAAUGAUGGCCUAAUCUCAACGGCGUCGUUGAUGAUGGGCGUGGGAGCUGUCAAGGAAGACAUCAAGGCCAUGAUCCUAACUGGGUUCGCCGGACUAGUAGCCGGGGCAUGCAGCAUGGCCAUUGGAGAGUUUGUCUCUGUGUACUCCCAGUUGGACAUAGAGGUGGCUCAAAUGAAAAGGGACAAUAAGAACAAGCAAAAGACUCUGGAACACGUGGCGGAAGAUGGUGAUAGCGAGGGAGACAACGAAAAGGAGAGCCUGCCCAACCCGUUGCAAGCUGCGGCUGCUUCAGCUCUUGCGUUUUCAGUAGGGGCAAUGGUCCCAUUGCUAGCAGCUUCGUUCAUAAGGGAGUAUAAGGUGAGGUUAGGAGUUGUGGCUGCAGCUGUGAGCUUGGCUUUGGUGUUGUUUGGGUGGCUGGGGGCAAAAUUGGGGAAGGCACCAAUUAUGAGAUCAAUGAUGAGGGUUUUGGUGGAGGAUGGAUGGCCAUGGCUAUAA